AUGGAGCCCGUUCGCUGGCGAAAGCAGCGGCGGCAGCCGGAGGUACAGCCCCCCGAGUGCCUGGAGGAGGCCACGGGCUUGGUGCGGUACCUGGCCCAGAGCGCGGCCCAGCGCCGGAACGCCACGCUGCAGCAGCUGCUGGAGCUGCCGCCCCAGCAGCGCCACGCGGCGAUGGCGGAGCUCCGGGCACGGAAGGUGGAGGAGGAGAUGCGGGCCGAAGGCAAAUGCGAGAAGUGCAUGAUGCAGCUGAAGUACUGUGUUUGCCCCUCUCUGGAAACGUUACGCAGUGACUCUGUGGGAGCUGGCACAAGCGCACCCCUGCGAUUCGUGGUUUGGAUGCAUCACAAAGAGCGUCGGCGGGCUUCCAACACCGGCAAGCUGUUGAAGCUUCUUCUUCCGGAUGUGACUGACAUCCUCAUCCAUGGCGUUGCCGAGGAUGAUAGACGCUUGGAAGAGAUCAUCCAGAACAGUGGUGGCCACGCUUUUGUGGUGUACCCCUCUGAUGAUGCUGUGCCAGUCUCAGCUGCACUGGCAAAGACCGGCUCUGAUGUCGCCCCGGUUGCGGUUCUGAUUGACGGCACCUGGAAUCAAGCGCAAAGGAUGCACAAGCAUUUCGAGCAUUUGCUUCACGUCGUGGUGCAGCCAGCAGGCCAAUCCCAGUUCCACUGGCGUCGGCAGUCCCAGGAGGGCCGAAUCAGCACGGUGGAGGCUGCCGCGCUGCUGCUGGAGGAGCUUCCGGACACGGGGCUCAAGCCACCGGAAGCGCCACGGGCGCUGCGGCAGGCGCUGGCGGUGCUGAUGGAGGCGCUGGGCCGGCAGUGCCACCACGAUACCCUCUUCCAGCACGAUCUGCCAGAGCCCACUGGCAAGAAGAAGUUUGCUUUAGGUGCCAAGAAGAUUCAGAAGCAGCUUCCCGGACAGCGUGGCAUUCAAAGCUGA